CGCAAAAGUAAGUGAGGGUCUUCUAGUUGCACCGAAAUCAGAUAGUAUCACUGUUCUGCGGCAUUCUGUACAGACAAAGGCAGACUUGGAACUCGACAAUCGGAUUAGCUCGUUUCGCAAGUCGAAGGAUCGCCAGGACGUGGGCCCUUCUGCCAAAUUGAACAUGCCGGAGGAUCCACGUGAAUGUUGGCCCUUGUUGCUCGCAAUCAGGCACUGGCAUCAACGGCUCCAGUUGCCAAAGCCGAAGCUCCUGCCGCCCCUUCAACAGGCGAGACACCAGAAAAACCAAAGAGUAUAGAGGAGAGAGCUAAAUCAGCAGCACUAGCAUCUCCACCACCUUCAAAGAAAGCGCCGGGAAGUAUAGACGACAAAGCUGAAGCCGCAGCAGCAACGACAAUAUCGUCGCCGAUGGCCUCGAAAGGAGCUCCAGAGGACAAAGCUAAAGCAGAAUUGGCAUCUCCUCCACCUAUCAAAGUACUGGAAUGUCUAGAGGACGAACAUGUCCAGGUCCACGAGCCAUUAGCCAGAGUAGGCGAGUACCUCGUCCCAUUGUUAUGCAGUCACCCGUACGUUGUACAGCGCUACGAUGGCAUAUUAAGCGAGAACGAGGAAUCAAUCCUCAAAAUCCAAGCGAAUCCAGGAGACCCAGAGGCUGUGAAUAGUAUGGAGAAAUUAGUGACAGAGCUUCGCGAUAUUCUGGCAAACUAUGAGAUGUCAUAUUGCUCUAGCGUCGAAGAAGUGCUUCACGGCAUAACGGCAGCAGCGCUUGCUCCAGCUUGGGAGGAGAAGAAUCCCAAAUUUAAAUUCCUUGGAGCCUUCAUCGAAGGAUGCAGAAAUCUUAGGCUCCAUGCGGUUAUCUACGCAAGGCCCGGCCUGCUACUUGGACUACUUGAAAUUUAUCUACAAGCGAAAAGAGUCCGCUACGCUCGACCCGACAUGGAGUCAGGUACUCAGGCUCAUACGCAUGACAGCGAUGGUGAACUCAGCUUCUCCAUCCUCUCCACCAGUCAUGAGAGCGAGAAGGCCGUCGUUCGCGCAGCAGAUAUUAUCCUGUGUUUUGACAGUUCGUACAGCUUGGCCAGCCGACAAAUACAGCAUCUCAUGAAGGCAUCUGCGCGCGGCACAACAGUACCUUUACUAGCGCUCGUGCCCAUCAACUCUAUCGAACAUGUGGAAAGAUGCAUUCCCAGGGAAGGGAUCGAUGCCAUUAGAUAUAUGUUGACGCUCCUUCAGUGCGCACACAAUCUGCGAGAGGACUUUAAGAAUGUGGACUACUACAGCGCCAAAAGCGAACUGUGUGACGCUGAGGAAGCAGGCGUUGCGAUCUCUACAGCAAUUGGCGCGUCGGAUGGCGCGUCUCCUGAUCUAACAUUUCUGCCAGCUCUUGAGGAUAUCACGGAUCGAUUUAUCGGAGAAUCCUCAUCUGACUCGGAAACAUCUGCUCAAUCUGGCACAUUGUCUGCGCAGCCUCUGCCUCCAGGGAAACGACCUCAUGACAGCGAUGAGGAUAGUGAGCCCAAAAGAGUUCGGAUGUCUGAACCAGAAAGGAGACAGCAUAUAAGCGGCGAAAACGCUUCCACUGUUCCCGGGGAUAAACCUGUGCUGAUUGCAGCCGAUGUCGAAGACGUCCGCAUGCCUGAUGCGACUGCAGCCCCGUCACCGCCAGCAAACGUCGCACCAUCAGUACAAGAAGAAACCGUGCCCUUGCGUCGACUGCGAGACUACGAGCGAUACCACGAAGACCUCCUCACAAGACACGACGAACUAAAGGAACAGAGCCACGAGCUCCGCCGCGAAGUCGAAGCACUGAAAGCCGCAGCCCUCCGCCAGAAACAGAUCGACGAGCGCCGCACGGAGCAAGACAAAGUCAAACUCGAAACCAUCGAAACCCUACGCAAACAGCUCUCCGACGCAACAAACACCCUCAAAUCCUCCACCGAUUCCGCCAAAGCCGAAGUCGCCACUCUCCGCAACGAGCAUGCCGCCCUGGCCGCCUCCCUCAAGAAAGCCGAGUCCAGCAGCGCAAGCGACAAGAACGUGGCCGAAUACCUGCGCGACCAGUACGAGGCCGCACGCCAGGCCGCCACGCAGGAGAGCCAGACCUCCGCAGCACUACAGGCAGAGAAUGCCCAGUUGACGGCCAGGCUCGAGGUCGUGACGCAGGAUGCGAGGCGCAAGUCGGCCGAGACCCGCGCGAACAUGUACCUGGCCGAGCUGAAGGCGCAGCAGCAGGAGGUCAGGGCUCUGCAGGCGCUGCUGGUGCGCAAGGAGGAGGAGAUUAGGAAGUUGCAGAGUGGGCGGAGUGGCAUGGGUACGCGGAAUGGGAGUGUGCCGAGGAGUCCGAUGGUGGGUGCGAAUCAGGGGAGUAGAGGGAAUAGUCCGAUGCCGAGUGGGGUGGGGAGGGUGAAUGCUUUGCGGAACGGAUGAUGGCUUCUCUGGAUCUGGUCUGAUCUGAAUACCCAUUUGACGACUUGAAACGAAUCGACGGGGGGUUUUAGAACGGUGGAGGGUACUUUUCAUACUGUACAUCCGAUUUCUCUUGGGAUAUCAGUUUCGGAAUCUGCGUAUGAUGUGGUGUUAUGGAGCACCUGAGGAGUUGCUGCUAUGACAGAAUCGCUUCGGUUGUUGGGCUAUAUACCAAAGCUACGUC